UUCACUUUUAACCCGUCCCGAAAUAUAAACAUGGCAAGUCAACAAAAAUUGAAUUUGGGACGUCUGCUGUUUAAAAGGUUACAUCGGGAGAUGCAAACAACGAUUAAUUCUAAGGAAAAAUUAGUGGACACGCCUGCAUUUCGAUACAUUGUGAGCCAGUUUAAAGAGCACCAGGUUACAAGCCAGAAGUUGUGUAAAGGUCAAAAUGAAGUGAUCAUGGUUGGACAGACCUAUCUGUGCAUGUUGGAGAGUUUGCGAAAAGCAGAGGAAUUAGCACAGAGAUACAAAACUACAGAGAGAACUGUGCAAGAGAGUGCAAACCUUGUUGGACUUCAAGUACCAAGUUCUUCAUCUGUUGACAACAAGUGAAGACAGUGUCUUAGUGAUCUUUAAGUUUAUUAAGUUGGUGCUUGAGAUGUAUGUUUCAUGUAUAUAUAUCAUUUGACUUUGUCACCAUGUGCAUUUGUUUGGAGUGAUCAUUUUAAGACAGUAUAAAUUAUGUAUUUGUGUUAAAUGACAGUCCGCCAAGGUAACUGGAUGCCAGAAUUUAUUAAAUGUAUUGAAAUAAUCAUUCAUGAUUACAAA